UCCAAAAUGGCGGUCGUAGGUUCAUUGACGAAGGGAACGGGUGAAGUUUUAGAAUUUAGACAUGUGCUUCUUUCAUCUCAACACUCUCAAGGAAGAAAGGAAGAUUUUGAAAGUCUAGUCCACUCCUUAAAGAAACUUCAACAGGAUGUUAACUCUUGUUUAACGGAAAUCAUUGAACAGGAAAAGACAUCAGAAACAAACCAGGCCUCCAAAAACCAAACAACUGAAGACGAUGACCCGGAUGACAGCGAAGAUGACUUGGAAGAUCUAGAUACCACAGAGAAGCAAAACGGAGCGAUACAAGAGCCACAGUUGAAGAAGUUGAGAACAUAGCUUGUUGAGGAUUUUGUAGUAGUCUUACUGGCACAGCUGGCCUCGAAGGGGAAGAAGAAACAUGAGGAGAAAAGGCAGCUUAUGCAAUCGAGUAUGCUAUGCACAUAGCACUCUGAUUGGAUGAAAGUAUAUGAAGAUAAAGUUUUUUUAAUGGAA